GUUCCUUUUCCGCCAAACUUCCUAAAGGUGGCCAAGGCCAUCUUGAAACGCCUUUUCCGGGUCUAUGCCCACAUCUACAAUGUACACUUCCGUGAGGUUCAACUCCUUGACGAGGCCACUCACUUGAACACCUCUUUCAAGCAUUUCGUCUACUUUGUACUUGAGUUCGACCUAGUACGAUCUGUGGAACUGGAGCCCCUGCAACCCGUAAUUGACGUGUUGACAGCACCUAAGACUGAUCGUCCCAUGAGUGGCAACAGUCCCAACAGUGGCACCUCCCACCAUCAAUCUGGAGGCAAAAACACUAACGGAGUGGUGCAGGUGGAGCCUCUGCCGCCGUCUCCUCCGGCACCACGACCAUCCACUACUUCCUCCACCCGAAAUUGA